AUGGCUCCAAUCUACCUAUGGUUUGAACAAUGGUUGCAUACAGGGAGCAGCCCCUUCGUUCAUCAGGAACUGUAUCGCUAUCGGCUUCCACGAUGCACGCAAGAUGCCCUCUCGACCAUUUCUGUGUAUACUCAGCGUACACCUGCAAGAACGCCUUUCAUUUUGCAGCUUAUUGAGUCUCGUGCCACUCAGUUACUUGCAGACUACAAUGUGGUUGCUCUCGACCAUUCGUCAUCCGCUCGCUCGAUAAAACUACUGCCGCUGUCCAUCAAUCCGGAUAUUGAUACGCAUGAGCAUCUCUCCCGUGUUCAUGCUUUGGCCGUGUAUCAGCUCUUGUCACUCUUUUCACCCUCGCCUGACCUUCGUUGCCGAGGUGAGGCUCGAAUCCCUAUACUCGCAGACUGGAUGCAGCAACUGCUGGCACGAUGUCGUAGCCACCAUCCGACGAGCGAAGACUCGCUCUACCCGCCUACCCAAGAGUCUGGACGGUCCUCAGGGCAGGCGCAGAACCAGCUCUGGCAUACCUGGAUCCAGGCCGAGUCAGCUCGCCGCGCCUUCAUAAUAGGGACUACCAUACACUCCCUCUACAUGCUGCUACGAGACGGCAUAGGCUCUGCUGCAAGUGCACGCAAUCACCUCGUGCCUGGUGGUUGUAUAGGUGCGAUGCCCUUCACAACACGCAAAGGUCCCUGGCAGGCUAGCAGUCACGCCAAGUGGGAGCAGCUUGCUGUUGAUGUAGACUUCGGUUUGAGGCAUCUUGACCAGACGCUGAUGAGGGAAGUAUUGAAAGGCGAUACCAAGGAGUCGGAGCUCGAUAUCUUUGCGAAGGUGUUCCUGGCAGGUACUUUCGGCAAGCUCAAGCGCAGACAGACAAACGGUGUCAGAGAGGUGCAGCCAUUGAAAGCAGAUGCAUUACCCGACCCCGAAGAGUCGGAUGCGAACGUGCUGCCCGGCGUCGAUGAGCAGGCCGAGCGAAGGAUCUCUGAAGACGAGGGCGCGGAUGAGCUCAUGGGUGACAAUGACUCUAGCGACGACUGA